AUGCCGUCAUCAACAAAUGCUCUGACACCCGAGUCAGAGCUACAACUCGCCUUCGACCCCUCGCUCAUACCGCAAGCUACCAGGGACCUGCUACCACAGGACAUCAUCGUGCGGCCGCUCGCCAGCGACGACUACAACCGCGGCCACCUGCGCGUGCUCGCCGACCUCACCUCGACCCCGGACAUCGGCCCCGCCGCAUGGUCCGCACAGUUCGCACUCCAGCAAGCCGCCCCUCACACCUACUACCCCAUCGUCUUCGUCAACACCAACACCGACCACAUCGUCGCCUGCGGCACGCUGUUUGUCGAAUACAAGUUCUUGAGGGGCGCCGGGCUGUGCGGUCACAUCGAGGACAUUGUCGUCCACAAGGACGGCCAGGGGAAAGGGCUGGGCAAGCGCAUCAUCGAGGUGCUGACUGAGGUCGGCAAGCAGAGAGGCUGCUACAAGGUCAUCCUGGAUUGCAGCGAGAAGAAUGUGCCGUUCUAUGAAAAGUGCGGAUACCACAAGGCUGGCGAACAGAUGGCCGUGUACUUUGUCUAG